AUGGCCGAUAUCGAUGUCAAGGUCGCUUCCUGGAAGCUGGUUGAGGUUGGCCGUGUGGUGCUGAUCCGCAGCGGUCCCUUCGAAGGCAAGCUCGCCGCUAUCGUCGAGAUCGUGGACCACCGCCGUGUCCUCGUCGACGGUCCCUCCACCGAGGAGAAGAAGAUUGUGCCCCGUCACGUCCUCCCCCUCUCCGCCGCCACCCUCACCCACUUCACCAUCCCCCAGCUUCCCCGUGCUGCCGGUACUGGCCCCGUCAAGAAGCUCUGGGCUAAGAACGAGAUCGACGGCAAGUGGGCCAAGAGCUCUUUCGCUCAGCGCACCGACCGCUCUGAGCGCCGCAAGAACCUCUCCGACUUCGAGCGCUUCAAGGUUCUGCGCCUCCGCAAGCAGGCUCGCUACGAGGUCCAGAAGUCUUUCGCCAAGGUUCGCGCUGCCACCAAGGCAUAG